UGCAUGACCUUGAAGUCGCACAAGUCAGAAUUCGUUAGAUGGAGCCUCAGAUACUGCCCUUGCUAAAACUAACAUCAUUAGAUAGUCCUCCUAAAUUCCUACUAGUAAAACUUAUAAGUUUAGUUAACGUCACUUAAUUUCAGACUCUUCAAUCUGCUGGAAAGUUUGUUAAAAAGUUAAGAGAGACAGAGGCGAAUGUAGUUGACUCGCAGGCUAAUCGUUCCGGUUCUGAGGAAGAGCACAGAGCAUUGCAGGCUGGGCUGCUGUAUUUGGCACUCACUGAGCCGGAUCCAAGGCACUCAUUCUGCACGGAUAUUGUAUUGACAUCUCGCGACAAUUUAACCUACGUCCUGUCAGAGUUAACUCGCUUGGUGGCAGAGACAUGGCCGAAAAUGACUAAUACUGUUCGGUCUAACGCUAUAUCUUUGUUAGGUGAACUUAUAUCAACGAGGACUGCAAGUGUCGAGGUCUUAAUGCUGCAUCUUUAUCGACGAAUGACAACUGGUGAUAUUAGUCCACCAAAUCUCUGGCUCAUAGAUGUUAUGGUAGACCUUUUGGAGAAAAACAAAUCACAGUGGUCACCUGCUCAACCACCAGCAGCAGUGUCUCCUAUUCCAUCUGUCGUUUUACCCAAGCUCCGACAGAAGGAAUUGAGUUUAGUUGAAGAACUUAUUCGCAAGAACUUUGACCGCUGCGCCCAAAUUGGUCGAGACUUUAUUCGUCUUUUACAUGGUGCUGCGCGACUAGAACCUAUAAAGCGUUUAUGGGAUGAUAUCCUCCAAAACAUUUCAUCUCUGUCUUCUUGUUUUUCAAAUCUUUCUGAAAUAUUGGAAAUCACAACGCCUCAGUGUUUCACUCAAACUCUUAUUCCACAUGAAAUGGAACAAUGGGUUCGUUGGAUGAUGAAGAAUGUCCACUGCGUGCCAAGAGUGCCUGUUCACCGGUAUCAGGACUUUUUCCAGCGAAAAUUCUUCGCAACUCCAGAAAGUCAGAGCCUUCGCGUAUGCCUUCUACGAUACGUAGUGACUUACUUCUAUCCGGACAAUGAAAUGUUAGCUUCAACAUUAAUACCCCGAUGGAAUGUAGUUUCUUGGAUUCUAUCACAGUCUACGUGUCCUGUAGCUACUGCUAACGCCAAACUGGCUCUUUUCUAUGAUUGGCUGUUCUUUAAACCUAAUGACUGCAUAAUGAAUUUAGAACCUGCUUUAUUGGCUAUUAUGAAUCAUCUCAACCCACGUUCCCAAUUGAUCGCAUUUUCACUGGUUGAUUUUUUAAUCAAGAUUGUUGGAACUUAUCACCCACCUAUGGUCGAAAGAAUCGUUUUAGGCGUCCGUGCUGGUUUAGAAGAAAUGAUCCGUUUGGGUGUUGUUAAAAGCAUUGCUCCACUUUUCGAAUUUCUGCACCGUUCUUCCUCUACGGAUUUGCUGCGGUCGCUACGUGUUUUAUUGGGUCUUGAUCCCCCUAGUACCUUGCCGAAUACAGUAGUCUCACCAGUUGACAGCCCUAAUCGCAUACUCCCUGAGAAGUGGAUCGGACCAGGUGAUAUGCCAACGGUGAAUACGAAUUCAAGUCCUGUUACAACCAGUGCAAUUGUGUCUCGUAAUCAAAAUACCACACCUUUACCGAACUCAAAACCUCUAUCCUCUGUGUUGACAACAGAUAGUGGACCACCAACAGAUCCUCGUUUGACACGAGGUCAUGCUGCCAUUAUUGCUGGAGUUGUUCCACCAAGUAUGAGUUCUGUGGCGACUGAAAAUGUAAUCAAACCUGUUUUGACAGCAUCCGAAACACCUCCAAUACUUCAAACAAGUGUACCGAUGGCACAACAACAAAACCCAGGCCUACUGAUCCCAUCGCAAGAUGACGUGAAAGCCUCAAUUAUUCCUGUUCGUAACACACUACCCUUAUUACCAACCUUACCUCGCAGUUCUCAACAGUUGGCAGAAGCUCAGAUAACAGAUGAUGAUAUGGAUAUUAUGGAAAUAGAUAUAUUGGACAGUAAACCAACACCCACAAGAACCGCCACCUGGAGUCCUCCCCCAAUCGAAAGUCGGCAUGUAAUCAAGAAAUCUGCCGAUCAUGAACCAGACACACCAGAUUCCCUAGAGUUUAAAAUCGAUAAUCUUCGACGUCGGUUUCAAGAUUACCAGUUGAGAUUUCAUUAUUUUGUGGAAUCUGUUGAUGUUAAUUCCCUGAUUAAACAACUUGAUGGACCAAUACGUGCUGCUUUGGAACAAUUCCGUGAUGUGGCCAAAAAUGUUGGUUUGAUACGUAAUUCUUCAAUUGGUUUAUGCGCUUCACAAACAUUGGAGGAUUUGGACAGUGGUUCACAUGAUGAAGAGCAAAAGUCCUCUGUGUUUCUGCGUUCUCCGUCUGUGCUCAGUGAUUUGUGUGAGUCAAUGGAGGCUUUAAUUCAAGCAGUACUUGUUGAAGAUAGCUUUGAUGAUUUGGAAAUUGCUGGUAGAACUGCAGCUGUUGUAUGCGAAUUAUUGUUUUGUCUGUUCGCUCAACGACUUAUGCCUAUUGGAGUUGAAUGGUCUGAGGAGCACCUGGAGGAUUGUUUGGCAUUCCCCAUAUUUGUUCCAUUUCGUCAUCUUUUGCAAAUGAGUCCUGGUGAUCCUAAACGUGAAUUACUCUUAUUAUUGUUAACAGAAAUGCAAAGCCGACAACCUCGACUUGGUUAUCACUUGCUAUUUUUCCUUAAAAUCAGCAAGUUAAAUGAUGAGAAAAUGUCAAUUUAUCGUAAUUUUUGUGCAAGUCAAGAGAAUCCUAAUUUACGAGAUUCUUUGUUUAAGGACAUGCAAUUACUUUCGGAUGAUAAUCGUCGUUUGUUCGCUUAUCUGCUUCCAGAUGUAUUCACUGUAUUUUCAUCUGAAUUAUCUGAUGAUACUGAAUUUCUUCAACUGAUUGUUGCUACAAUUGAUCCAGGAAUGUGUAAUUCUCUUAUAAGUGAAAUAGUUCGUGGUCAUUUGAAUCUUUUUCCAAAUAAUGAUUUGACAAGCAUUUUAAAUGCCAGUCUCGAGUGGAAUUCUAUCGAACAGCUGUUUUUCUGGCAAUUAAUUAAUGCUCAUGAGAUUCCAACCAGUCGAUUUUUACCACUAAUUCGUUCAGUCGAUUCACUGAAACACCCUGAAGCAUGUUCCAAUUUGAUUCUUCUCUUGAAAUUGGAAAAGCCUAGUUUUGAGUUAGUUCGUGCCUUAUUAUCUCGUCGUAGUCCUAAUGAUUUAUUAUCAAUGACAGCAUUACAUUUCUGGAGUUGUCCAGAUAAUCAACACUCUGGCCGUUUUUCAAGCAUCUUGUGUUCCUUGAUCAGUACGCCUUUAGCAUCAGUUAAAGAUUCAAAUUCCGUUAGUGGUGGUACUUCAACUAAUAGUGGUCAAAAUAUGAGAGAGAGUAAAGAGAGACGUCGUAGUAGUUCUUCAAAAAAUCAACUAUCACCGGAGAAUUGUGUUGAUCUUUCGCUUAUUCUUACUCACUUGGAUUCUCUUCGCAGAAAUUGUAAAAAUAUCUCAUGUGAGUUGUAUAAAAGGCUCUUUUACAGUCUUGUAUAUUGUAUCCUAUUUUAGAAAAAUUAACUGAUGUCUAUUUACGAAAGUAAAUUUUAUUUCAUAUUUUUACUGAGUCCCAUUAUAAAGGUCAGAUUGUCAUUCAAAAAAAAACUCAACCAAAGGAUCUGAGUAUGUACGCGUUUUCGAAAUUCUGCUUGAUGAUGAUAGCGUUGUAUACCACAAUAGUCAGUGGAUUUAUCCAAUUUAAAAUGACGAUUUGUUUCUUUCAGAUGACAGUGCCAUAGAUAACAUGACUAAUGGGCACAUUUUUCUCACAGUAUACUUUGUAGCACACAAAACAGUUAUAUGUUUAGUUAUUCAGAUAAUUCAAACUUUGUAAUUAAUGAUUUGUGAAACACUGUUUAUAUUCUGUCAGGAAGUAACGCAGACAAAUUUAUUCCUUUUAUACUAUAGUUUAGUAUCAGUCUAUAAUUACUG